GCAAACAUAUUACUGUUUGCACUUUUCUAACAUGAUGUGUAUUGUGUGCUUUCCCGAAAACUUUAAACUUGUUGCCGCGCAAGGGUAUUCCCCAUUCGCUUGCGUGCUGCUUGGUUUUAUUCGUUUUUUUUUUUUUAAAUAUUCCCCACAGUGAUACCGGUUUCCGAUGCAAAACUAACACCAUCUCACACAAAUCUGUCCAAUCUGUAUAGAGAGCGCUUGGCGUGUUGGUGUUGAAAAUGCAACUGCAGAAGCACGGGUCGCAUCUGGGGAGAGCAAAAUCGCUAGAAUAUGCUCUGCACUUCCACGCUGUUUUUUAAUACAUCGCAUCACUUCUGUGGCAGUGUUGUGUCCCGUCGAUUUUGAGUGAGUGUUUAAUCAGUUUAUAGUAAGGGAAACUACAAAAACAUUUGAGUAUUGGAGACUAACCUACAAAAUAAAUCGAAAUGCUUACUGGAUACCGGCUGUUGGCGGACUCGUUCCACGCGUUUGCAGUUCUCUAUUUGCUGUUCAACAUUUGGCGCACCAAGUCCUGCUUUGGCGUAUCGGGGAAAACACAAAUCCUGUACAUUACGGUAUUUGCGACGCGUUAUGCCGACCUGGUCACCUUUCCAGCCACCUACAGUGUCUAUAAUGUGAUGAUGAAGACGCUUUUCAUCAGCGUAACGCUAAUAACCGUGCUGGUCAUGCACAGUGUCUAUCGCAAAACGUAUGACCGCGAAAAUGAUACCUUCUAUAAUGAGUUUCUCAUAUUGCCAUGCUUUAUGAUCGCUCUGUUUGUAAACUAUCGUAUGGAAGCGUUCGAAAUAUUGUGGUCCUUUUCGAUCAUGCUCGAAGCGGUCGCUAUACUGCCACAAAUGGAUUUAAUCUGCAAAACGUUUCACGUGGAGCCAUGGUUCAAGUGUUAUCUGUUGCUGCUCGGCUCGUACCGCGCACUCUAUGUAUUGCAUUGGGUCGAUCGGUACGGCCAGUACGGCCUCUACGACCCAUUGGCAUUUAUAUCGGGUGGUAUUCAAACAGUACUGUUUGUACUGCUUGCGGUGCGAAUUGCAACCCUUAAACAUCGAGAACGCAUUGUCACGGUCAGUACGAUUUGUUAGUUUGGAUAGGCUUGUAAAUAGCCCCAUACAUAGCCAACAUUACGAAGUUUUUAGUUGCACUGUUCGCGUUCUCUAGGCCGGUCUCGUAGUACAGUCGUCAACUCGUGCGACUUAACAACAUGCCCGUCAUGGGUUCAAUACCCAAAUGGA